UGGACAUAAAUCGAGGAGCAGGAACAGGAGCAGGAACAGGAGCAGAAUCAGGAAACAAAUCAGCACCAGUUUCUCAACCAGGAGCAUGACUGGAUGUUGCGGUGGUUGAGUGCGCAGCUGAGUUGCUGCCGGGGGACUGGUUGCUGGCACAGUGGGUGCAGGCUGAGGGACGGAGUUACCAGCAGGAAAGUGAAGGCUUAGAGGAGUCAGAAGCAAAAGUGGCAUAGCUUGAGGCAUGGAACAGUGAAGAGCGAGCUAAUGUGGGUGGUAAUUGGACCGUUGCAUCAACUUAUUGCGGUCAUAGCGUGGGAUAAUUACUUGUCAGAACCGGCUAAUGUGGGUUAUAAUUGGACUGAUAGGUUGACUCGUUCAUUACUGUCACAGCUGGGAUAGUUACUUAGUGGCACAGCCAGCACACGCAAGCUGAAUGUUCGGAGUAGGCUCAUCUGCGUCUUCAGCUGGGGGACUCUUUGGGUCUACUAUGCCAGCAUUUGGGUCCUCAACGCCUGCUUUUGGUGGUGGCCUGUCAACCCCAGCUUUUGGUGCGUCCGCAUCAGCCUUUGGGGCUCCAUCCGCAUUUGGGGCUGCUUCUACGCCUGCAUUUGGCUCGUCGACGCCUGCCUUUGGGGCUUUGACGCCUGCCUUUGGGGCUUCGACGCCUGCCUUUGGACAAUCAACACCGGGAUUUGGAUCAUCCACACCAGCUUUUGGCACCAGUCCAUCCCUGGCUUUUGGGGCUUCCUCCACACCAGCUUUUGGGUCUUCUACUCCUGCGUUUGGAGCGACACCAGGUUCUGGCGCCUCGUCAGCCCCCCUCGGUGGGGGGCUCUUUAGUGCGGGAACCGCACAGCCGUCAUCGUCACUCUUUGGAUCAUCUGCUGGCCUCCUUGGUACACCAAGUCAAUCACUCUUCGGGCAGCCACAGUCGCAGCCAAGCCUGCUCGGACAACCACAACCAGCUUCAUCAGCAUCAUGGCAGCCUGGGCUGUUCACGAACCCUCAACAGCAGCAGCAGCAGCUGCAACAGCCGCUGCUGCAGAUGUUUGCACCCUUCGGGGGCCAGCAGCAGCAGCAGCUUAUGACACAAAUGGCGCCUGUUGCACCAUUGGGAGUUCCGCUUCCAGACAGGGAGAUCCAGGCCGUUGUCGAUGCAUACAACGAUAGUCCCCUUAAUCCUCGUUAUCGAUUCCGGCACCUGUUCCUCAGCGUAACUGACCCGGUUUAUCGCCAGAAGCCUGGCGCCAUAACAGACGCCAUGUGGGCGGAGGCCAUGAACAAGCUAGAGAGUAUGGACCCCACAGACAGAGACAGACUUUGGCCAGAGUUAGGUCAAGGGUUCAAGGACUUGUCUCGCCGAUUGAAGCUGCAGGAUGAGGCCAUUGAAGAGGACACGAACAGGCUUCGGAUUACCGAAAAUAAUGUGAAACAGUUGCAGAGGCAUUUUGAAGUGGAUACGAUGCCGUGGAUCCAACGACUCAGGCAAAAGGAGCAGGAGCUCCAGAGGCGACUUCUUCAUGUCAUGCGGAUUGUCGAAGCAUUUGAAGUGAGAGGAGUGAGGGUGCCACUAUCGAAAGGUGAGGUCCAUCUUGCAGAAAGGUUACGAGCCCUCGCAAGGCAGAUGCAAGGGCCAUCUGCCGAAAUGCCACGUAGAGCUGAUGCACUUGUGUCCCUCUCAAGGUUGAGGAGUGGGAUGGGGACGUCCGCUUCCGCGAUGCUGCCUGCAGCAGCAAAUGUCGACGAGAGUAGCCUUGCUGAAAUGCAUGAAUUGCUUAGGAAGCAGACGGACGCCAUCGAGAGGAUCACAGGUGUCCUGAAAAGGGACAUGCGGGAUGUGGAGAUUAUGUUAGAAGAUGCAGAUAUACGGUGGGAGGCUCCUGCUGGUGGGCCUGCGGUAAACGGCCACAGUUUCAGAGGUCGCGCCAAUGGACACAGUUAUGGCAGUGGUUCGGGAAGCCGUGGAGCUGGCAGGUUGUCGGCACACUUCUACUAGGAUUAGGGCGAAUCCCUUUUUUCCUCAGUGGACAUCGUAAGGGCACACUCACACUAGGACUUCUUAACCUUUUCUGGAUGUAGUUGCGGCCAGAUUCAUCUAGCUCCAGCCGUAAUGCGGUCAGGUACAUUUGAGAUAGAGGUAGUGUGAGUGUGCCCUAAGGAUUGGUUGUAGUCAUACGGCCCUUCUGACAAAGUCGUUCAUCAAAUUAUUUUUUAAACGCAGAUGCCUAUGUUCACUCGCUGGUCCUCCUGUCUAUUCCUCUGUUUCCUGCCAGCCAGAUUGUCUAUAGUCUUCCUGUUGUCUAUUCCUCAGGCUGUUUCCCGCCAGCCAGAUUGUGCGUAGUCUUCCGGUUGGGAUGACAACUUGCACAUCUUAUAACUUAGGUCAUACUCGCACUACGGAUUUCUCACUCUUUUCUGGACACGGCCGUAGUUUACGGUCAGAUACAUUUCAGAUUGCGCGAGUGUGAGUAUGCUCUUAGGAACUCUUUUCUCUAGAGGUCUAUUACCACCACCUCCUCCUCAUCAUCAUCUCUUCAGACCCGAAUGCACCUUCUGACCUUGUGUUGCUAUUUCUGACUGCAUUUUUACGUCCUUCCCCCCCCUACCCUCUGCACCUCCCUGAGUUUCUCUAUUUCCCUGCUUAUCUGCUGUACCUUCACGUCUCCUCUUACCUCUAACUUUGCUCAGUUCUCUGAGUUCAAACUUCCCUUGUUGCCACUUUGUUCGUCACCUGUGACCCCUUCGUUUCCCCUCUACUUUUUCAACUUCGCUCAUUUACCCUCUACUUUUUCUAACUUUGCUCAUUUACCCCCUCCACUUUUUUGACUCUGCUCAUUUACCCUUGUGCUUUUUUUUACCUUUGCUCACUUACCCUCUCUACUUUUUUGACUUUGCUCAUUUACCCUUGUACUUUUUUUCACCUUCGCUCAUUUACCCCUCUGGCCUCUACCUUACCCCUGACCUCUUUUAACUUCGCUCAUCUACCCCUCUUACCUUUUUUAACUCUGCUCAUUUACCCCUCUGCUUUUUCAACUUUGCUCAUUUACCCCUCUACUUUAUUUACCUUUGUUCUUUUAACCCUCUACUUUUUCACCUUUACUCCCUCUGCUUUAUUUACCUUUGUUCUUUUAACCCUCUACUUUUUCACCUUUGCUCUUUUACCCCUGUACUUUUUUAUUUGCUCAUUUAUCCCUCUGCCUUUUGAAACUUUGCUCAUUUCUCUGAGGUUCAAAGGAUUGCCCUGCACUGCCAGUUUAUUGGUCACCUGAAAAGGUUUCUUCAUUACUACUCUCUGAUAUACCUCAUCCCGGUGCCUGUCUGUGAGUCACCUGCUGCUGCUUCUUUUCAUCCUUUUCCCCCUCGAUGGUACCUCAUCUUUUCCACAACUCGUUUAUUUUGUUCCCCAUCAACGUUUUCCUCUUUCUUUUCCUCUUUCUCUCCGUCUCCAACAUUUUCGGCUUCCUCUACCCCUCUUCUUCUUCUUGUCCAACUCUUAAUCGCCUGAGACCUCUCUUUCUCUUUUCUUUUCUUCCCAUGCUUUGGGGAGACCAGGCUUGCUCAUUUCUCCAUGCCUUUUCACAUCCUUGUGAUGGCCAGUGUUCUUGACCUGAUCCUCGACCAAACUUUCAAAGUUCCAUUUCGUCUACGGCUGUCGCUCGGCCAGCAAUUCCUGUUCUUUUUUCAUGCCAUUGAGACAUUGUUCCCUGAUCGGGCGAUUCUCCUCCUCCUCCUCCUCCCCCUUCCGUUCUUCCUCCUCCUCCUCCUCCUUGAACAGCGAGCAAAUGCUUCUCCUCCAGCAUUGCAUUCAUGGAGGUCGAAGCAUGAGACCAAACGAUGCGACUCCUCCUCCUCCUCCCCCUUCCCAGAACAGCGAGCAAUGCUUCUCCUUCAACAUUGCAUUCAUGGAGGUUGAAGCAUGACACCAAAUGAUGCCAGGCCUGUAAUUACUGUUGAUGGAUAAACAGCUCAGCAUCUC